CUUGUCUGUUUGGGGGCGGGGCUAUUUGGAUUGAAUCGUUAUACUGGCGUUCCCCAAAAGUCUGAGAUGGAGGGAAGAGUAUCAAAUGUAGAAAUCUGUAAUUUGGCUUAUACUGGGAAGUUUGAAGAACUGAAGAAGUGCGUGUUGUCUGACAGCUCACAGGCGACCAAAACAGAUCAGGACAGCAGGACUGCUCUGCACUGGGCCUGUUCGGCUGGACAUGUGGAUAUCGUGCAGUUUCUGUGACUUGGAGUUGAAGUGGAUCUCAAAGAUGAUGCAUGUUGGACUCCUCUUCAUAUAGCAGCAUCUGCUGGGAGAGAAGAAAUUGUCAGAUCCUUAAUAUCCAAAGGAGCUCAGCUGAAUGCUGUGAAUCAGAAUGGUUGUACCCCACUGCACUACGCAGCAUCAAAAAACCUAUAUGAGAUAGCACAGAUUUUGCUGGAAAGCGGUGCAGAUCCUAAUGCAACGGAUAAACUGGAAUCCACACCUCUGCACAGAGCUUCUGCCAAGGGCAACUUUAGACUUAUUCAGCUUCUUUUGAAAGAGAGCGCUUCUACCAACAUUCUGGACUCGGAGGGAAACACUCCACUUCAUCUUGCAUGUGACGAGGAGCGGACGGAGGCUGCAAAACUCCUUGUGGAACAUGGUGCCAGCAUCUACAUUGAGAACAAGGAAAAGAUGACGCCUCUUCAAGUGUCUAAAGGUGGCCUGGGAUCUGUGCUGAAACGGAUCGUAGAGGGUUGAUGAACCCUGAGCAGAAAUGGAGCAAUGCAGUUAGAGCUGUUAAUCAAGCUGCUGUUCAAGUAUGAUGAAUACUUGUUUAUGAGAGUAUUGGAAAGAAACACAGUAGAGGAACUGCUUUGUGCUGGAAGUUUUUACAGAUGUUUGCUGAAAAGAAGUACAUUCACUUUUUGGCAGUUUAAAAGCUCAUGACUUGAUAUAUUUGUCACUUUUCAUGCAUUUUAUUCAGUACAUUAGUUUUAGAUUUAGAGAUAACAUUCUGAUCAUUAUUACUUCAGCAAUGGAUGCUUUAUUUCUGUUAAACCUAAAGCUGAUUUUGUUAUUAGUUGAUCACUUAAAAUCACAACACCAUAGUGUAUUCUUGAUGCUUAUUUUUUAAUAAUGAAAAUAAAUGAUAACUGAAUAAAA